AUGAUGAGCUCGUCUGCCGCAGCUGCUGUGCAUGUUUCCCGCUCACUGGUAUGCCCUUCUCUGUGCUCUGCUGAUGCCAGUUCUCGAGGAGAUACGGAUGCAGUACCUGCUGCAGCUGCGCCUGCAGGCGCUACGAUUAGCGAGACAUGUCCAUCAUGCGGGCAUUCAGAAAUGCAGUUUUGUGCACUGCAAAUGCGCAUAAUAUAUGCAGCGGAGGGUGCUGAGGAGAAAGAUAUCGGUUCUCGACGAACGAGUAGUAUCAGCGAGCAUGCAAUGGGUAUUGGGUGUGCAUGGCAAGAUACGAUGUGUAUUACUGCAGAGAAUAUGAAAACAUGCUAG